UUACCCCCCACCAACAUGAUUACCAUGAACGAGCUGGUGGAUCUGCGGAUGCAGCAGCACAUAGCGCACGAGAUCUAUCGCCAGCAGAUUAUGCAGCGAAUACCAGAUCCCUUUCCCCCCAUGCUGCCCAUUCACAUGCCACGUCACGUGAUCAUGCCACCGCGUGUGACACUGCCCGGCGUGGAUAUGACACUGCAGAACGACGAUCUGUGGAAGCAAUUCCAUCAAAUUGGCACGGAAAUGAUCAUCACCAAGAGCGGCAGACGCAUGUUCCCCUCCAUGAGACUGAGCGUCUCCGGGCUGGAGGAUGAGACCAACUAUUGCGUACUGCUGGAGAUGGUGCCCAUUGGCGAUGCCCGCUACAAGUUCUCCGGCUCGCAGUGGGUCCCGGCUGGAGGCGCCGAGCCGCAGAGUCCCCAGCGCAUGUAUCUGCAUCCGGACAGCCCGGCCACAGGCGCCCACUGGCAGGCCCAGCCCAUUCUCUUCAACAAGGUGAAGCUGACCAACAAUACGCUGGACAACAGCGGCCAUAUUGUCCUGGCCAGCAUGCACAAGUAUCAGCCGCGUCUGCAUGUCAUACGCACCGCUGAUCUGGCGCAGAUUCCCUGGGCCCCACAGCAGGCCUUUGUGUUCGCCGAGACGGAGUUUGUGGCCGUGACAGCGUAUCAGAAUGAUCGCAUCACCAAGCUGAAGAUCGACAACAAUCCGUUUGCCAAGGGCUUCCGCGAAACGGGACAGUCGCGCUGCAAGCGGAAGAUGUCUUCAUCGCCAACCGGUGAAGAUCAAGAUCAGUCGCUGUCGCUGUCAACGUCCCAAUCCCAAUCCCAAUCGCUUGACAUGUCGCCAACAAAAUCCAGCGAAACAGCAACGACAGCGGGCCACAGCAACAACAGCAACAGCCACAACGAUCUCGGAUCGGAUGGGCCGCAAAUUAAGCGACUGAGAUCAAAUGGUUCCGCCUGCUCCUUAUCCUCGUCGCUGGAUGGCGGCGGUGGCGGUGGUGGCGUCGCAGAGCCUGUGCCAAUGUCUGUGCCUGGCGCCAGCGCCAGCUCCAUGGGCCUGGGCUCACCGCCCCCAGGCCUGGGGCAUCAUCGCAGCGUCUUCAUGCAGCACUUCCAGACGCUGCUGCGACCCUCGCUGGUGGACCUGGCCUGCACGUACUUCGGACGCAGUCCCCACGACUACAAUGGCGCAAUGCCAUCGGCGUAUCCGCCAGCCACCAUUUUGCAAGCUGCUCUGCCCCCACUUCCUGCGCUGCCACUGCCGCAGGACAUUUCCGGUGGUGAGCCGACAUCGGAUGAGUCUGGGGCGGAUGACCUGGAGCUGGAUGUGGGGAGCGAGACGACAGCAGCGGCGCUGCAACAGCAGCAGCAGCAGCAGCCAGUAGAGCAGCCGCCGGAACCCUCCACCAGGAGCAAGGGCUUCAGCAUAUCCGCCAUUUUGGGCGGUGGCAGCUAGAGGAGGAGGAGGAGGCGACGAAGGAUCCCUCAUGGAAUGCCCCGCUCUGUUACUAAUUCUGAUAUUACCUUGGCCUGAUUAGAUCAUAAGCUAGAAUAACUUUUUAUCGAUUAAAGUUACUUUUAAAAGCAAAAACAAAAACAAAAU